UAUAUAAUGCCUGUAUUUCCUACUUGUCCUUAGAUAUUUUCAGUUCAUAGAAUAACACAAAAUUUACUGAAGAGUUGCAGCAAGACUUAGAUCAAUUGGAAAUGGAGGAGGGAGGAGGGAGACAAAUUGAGAAUGUUGCUGAGCCUCCAAUUGAAGCUCACGAGCCUCCAUCCCCAUGGCUUAUAACUCAGGCCAUCACUGGACUGGUGGAGUUUGUGAGCAGCUAUGGGUGGCCAUGCUUGUUGGUGUUGCUGCUGGUGCUGUGGCUGUGGAGACGAUACGGACACCUGCUGCAGCAGUGGCAGCAGCGCAGGGCAGAGCAGCAGGAGGCCGCACUUUAUCAUAAGAAUCCGGAUCUUUUAGUUCAGCGCGAGGCAGCCAUUGAGAGUGCCAGACGGCGCAUGCAGGAGCAGUACGACGCGGCCUCUGCGCUGUACGCUCAAAAACAGAAGCUCAGAGAGGAAGAGAAGAGGCAGGAGCGUCUGGCGCUGUUGGAGGCGCAGCAGCGCGGUGAGGGCGGCAGGAGCUUGAGAUCUGCAGCACCUGCAGGAGCUGCUGCUCCAGGACCCAGUGGAUGCUCCAUGGAGAAGAACAAAGCUAAAAGUGAAGGCAAGAAGCCGUCGGCACUCAGACCUGACUACAACCCCCUGCUGGGCGGAGGCUCGUACGCAGGCUACCGCCCACCUCGCCGGGGCGGCGCUGCUGGAGGAGGAUGAGGCUAAAGGGCGCGACCCUGGGCCUACAGCUGGUGCUGUUGGCUGGUGCUGCUGGUGCUGCUAGCUGGUGCUGCUGG